AAGGCCGACAUUUAAAACACACAAAUGAAAAUACAUGCUUUACAUUUAAAUAGACACUCUUUAAAGUGAAGACGAACACAAGAGCAAGAGCGAGUUUUCCAACACACAUCCAAGCAUGGCAAGAAAGCGUCAGCGAAAUGAAGUGGAUAAAUCUACGGACACGAAACGUUGCAAGAAGAAUAUUUCUUCUUUACUCGACAUUGCAGCACAUUGUGUAGCGUCUUCAUUUCCAUAUCAAGAAAUCGAAGAGAAAUUAGGAGUUAUACCCGAUCCUGUACAAAAUCGAGUUAUGUUUUAUUCCUUUCCACAGAAUGAAUCAUGUGUCGAGUUGUAUUCGUCUAAUAAAAUCCACGUUAACGCAGCAGAUGCAUUGAAACAGCCGUACCAUGUUGGGUCUAAAAUAUUAGAGCAAGGAGCAGUAUCUGAUGUUCUUCAAAUUGGAUUUCAUCUAAGCGGAUUAGUAUCCGAAAAAAUCGGAAUAUGUAACAAACAAAAAACACAAGUGUUCAAAUGUUCAAUGAAUUUUGAUCGAAACUGUAUCACCAGUACGGAUUGCACUUGUUCUAAUAAAAGUCUACUAUGGUGUUCCCAUGUUGUUGCUGUUGCCCUAUACAGAAUCCGAUUUUCAAAUGAAGUUCCGAUAAGGCCACCGAUUUCCGAUUCGGUAGUAGACUUAAAGAAAAAUGAACUACAGAAGUUACUUCUUACAUUGGUAUCAAAGCAUAGUAAUAAUAUUCUUCCAGCCGUACAGACUUUAUUAGAUGAAUUGCGAAAACCCGAUUCGGAGAUUAGUUUGUUAAACGGUAUACCCGAUCCGACAGCCGGUGGAAGUAUUGAAGAUGAAAACACGUGGCAUAUCGAUCAUGAAAAUAUUAGAAAACAAAUUCAAGUUGGCUUAGCUGAAGGUAGCCCUGGGAAAAAUAUCAUCGCCCUCAUGAAUAAGGUUCGAGAAAUGAUAUCUGCUUCCGACCGCAACUACAUCAAUCUACUUAUCGCUGUGACUGACUCCAUUAUGAAUGAAAGUGUGCAAAGAACAGACGUUCAAGACUGCCAGCGUAUCCGUAGAAUUUACGACGAACUUCAGUCGUUGUGGUAUUGUGUCAUGUUAAAUCCCAACCUAACAGGUAACACUAAAAAUAGACUGGCUAAAUAUAUCAAAGAAUGGGCUCAGAAGCCGUCAUGUCCUCGAGAAAAUAUUGAUGAUGUAACAUCUCCCAAUCUUCUACAAGCUGUUAUUGAUUCCAAAAAUGACAACGUGUUCACACAAGCUGCAAGAAUCGAGGCAUUAAAUCUUUGUAAUCUGAAAACCAAAGCAAUGGAACAUUCAUUACUUCUAUUGAACACUCUUAAAACAUCACACACGUCCUCUUGUGACAUUUUUAGUAAAUCCACUGAACCUAUAUUAACUGCGUAUAAUACUUUAAUCGAGAACGAGUUAAAGGCAGAGGCUUUAGAGUUAGCACUUAUUGCUUUGUCUCGAUCAUUCAACUUACCGAAAGGAGAAUACGCACAAAACCGAUUGACUCAUCGAUACGAACAAUUAAUUUCGCAGCUAGAAAUGCUUGAUUACAAAUCACCUGUUCUGCAAAAUAUACUUUCAAAAUAUUCUAAAAAGUUAUACCAACAUGUGGUCACCCUUUUGGAUACUCCUAUCACCCGUGAUAUUUUACCGAAUCAUUGUUUUAUACGUUUUCUAAAUGAACAAGUUUUUCAGUUUGAUGCAAAUUUAGCUUUCAAAUUAUCAAUCAUGAUGUUGCCGUUGAAUCUUAAUAAAUCCGACAGUGACGACGACGAAAGCGACUAUAUAUCCGACGUCGUAUCAUACAAUGGCUCCUUCUGUUAUAUAAAAUCUCAUAUUGAAUAUCAACAAGGCGAACUUGCAGCAAGUAUGUUAAAACAAUGCGAUAGGCAUUCUGAAUACUUAAAGUUGACGUUAACGGCUAUUUUGGAAGAUAUCAAACAACCUUCGCAGUUGCUGAAGCUCGCAAAGUUGUGCCAAUCCAUCGCUGUCGCUCAGCAACCAGAGCUAAAUAUAGACAUAUUAAGUGCUGCCUUUGAAUUGGGCGUACGUAGCAUUCGUUUAAUCUCUGACGCUAGUGAACGAAAAGCAUGCAUUCGAUGGUUAGUUUCGUGCGCUGUUGACACCGGACGUUUAGCUGUCGAUUUUCUAAUACGUAAUUGGACAGAUUUAUUCUCUCCAAAGGAGAUUAGUAACGAAAUUGCUCCAAUGCUGACAUCACAACCUGUGUUUUUUCAUUUGAAGUUGAACAGUCCACUCUUAAGAGAAGAACUUUUGAGCAAAAUUAGAAACAUGGUGAUCGAGGCGUGCAUAAAAGACCCUGUACCGUGCGUUUUGUUUGCAUUAACAUUGUGUGAAGACCAUUGUGAAAACUUUGAACUUGUCUGUCAAAUUACUUCAGAAUCUUCAGAACGUUUUAAUACCGCUCAAUUGUUUAGCGUGGCAAGAUAUUUAGAAAGCAAGAAGCACCUGCAACGAGCUUUUAAAAUAGGUAUUCAAGCUUUAAAGAAAUUGGAUAUUGGUGCAAUGGAUUGCCAACAUCCUGCGAUUUGUGAUGUAUUGUGGAUAAGUACACUGGCAAGUAAUCUAGGCAUGGACGAACUUACCCAAAUUGUUCCAGUUAUUGAAAACUGUAUUCACAAUCCUUUGCUAUUAACUGAGAUUGCAGAGCGUUGUUCGAAUCCAGCUUAUCACAAAAGCGUUUACCAAAAUUUUUCUUGUCAUAGAGAACCGUUAAAUCGACUUGUAGCGUCAGCUCAGAAACUUUUUAUACAGGACAUCGAGGCAAAACUUCAAACGAUUACUCGUAAAAAUUACAAUGACUUUACUGAUUACUUGCGAAAAAUUAAAAGAGCUUUCCAGCUCUCGGAGGAUGGGCAAGAACAAUUUCAGUGGCUGAUUGACUAUAUUAUAACGUCACAGAAGGGGAAGAAAAAGUUACAUCAAGUUAUUUCACAACACCUGAUGCCCAGUAGAAGUUGUGCACAGUAAUUUAUAUUUGUACGUCAAAUAGCGCCUGCCCUUCUUCAAAUAUGUUGUCAGAUUAGAAAGUAAAAAUUAGUUCAUUGCUAAUUCUUUUCUAUGCGUCUGAAUAAACGAGACAAAAAUGUUACUCGAUUGUUCUAACAAGCCAUAUUCUUUCUAAUUUUUUCAUAAAAAAUAUCUUUUAUUGUUUUUGACAAGCUAUUUUUAAAGAAAAUCGGAAAACUUCACAGUUAGUAUAUAUUUGUUAGUGUUAUAUAUAUUUGAAAGUGUUAUAUAUAUUUGUUAGUGUUAUAUAUAAUUCAUUUGUACAUAUUAAUUAGGAAUUACAAAAAUUAUU